AUGUAUAACAGGAAAACUAGAUUAUUGAAUUGAAGAUUAUUGAAUAUAUUAUGGAAUAAGUAACAAGUGUUAAAUUGAAUUAAUCAAAAAGUAAAAUGAAGUUGUGGUUAGUUGUUCUUCACAUUGUUUUAGUAGGAACAAAUUUAUGGGUGACUGCUCAUUUUCAAAAAGAACCUAUAGAAGAUAAUGAAUUUGCAGAAUUUGAAGAUUUUGAGGAAGAAAAACCAAAUAGAGAAACUGUUUCAACAUCUGAUUAUUCUUCAUCACAUUUCGAAAAUAUAGAAAGAGUUAAUAAUUAUGAAGAAGAUGAUAUUUCAAUAGAAGAUAUAGAUAAUGAAUUUGAUCACUUUCAGGAUGAAGAAGAAUUUGAAGGAUUAGAUGUAACUGUAGGAAAUUCUGAUAUACGAAUUGAAGAACCAUCAACAUUGAAAAUUACUAAGGUUCCAUUACAUUUGCGAGCAAGAUGGGAUAGUUUUUAUCUUGAAAUUUUAAUGAUAGCAGGUUUAUUAGUUUACUUUAUAAAUUAUAUUGCAGGCAAAUCAAAAAAUUACCAUAUUACUGAAACGUGGUAUAUUGAUAAUAAGCAAAUUCUUGUAGAAAAUUUUUCAUUAGUUGGAGAUACUGGCAAGUCUAUUGAUGAAAGUAUAAUCAAUGGACCUAUUAAAGAAAGUGAAUCUCAGUAUAGUAUAUAUUGCUCUGGACGAAUUGGUUGUGAUUCAUUAUUAAUAGAACUGAAAUUAAUAAAAAGGCAGGAUUUAGUGGCUGUUUUAUCACAAUUGAUUCGUCCACAGAAUGAUCAAGCUCAUCUACGAAUUGAAUUAGGCAAAGAUGAGACUGACAAUUUUGUCUUAGCUAUAGCAGCUAAAAAAACUGCAAUACAUUUAUCUAAAGAUAUGGCAGAUAUAAGUGUUUAUUGUCCUGAAAAACGGUCUGGAGAAAAAUUUAAUUUACCAUCAGGAUUUUAUGUUAUGUCUGAAAUUUCUGAAGCUGCUUCUGCUAUUUUAGACAAUAAAGUUCUUCAAGCAUUCAAUAAAUAUACAAAUUACAUUGAGUACAUUCAUAUAAGUGAUCAAUAUAGUGGGCCAAAACAACAAGAAGAUGUUACUCAAUUGACCAUGCCUGAAGUAAAAAAAGUUUUAUUUGUUGGAUUAAAUAUUAGUAUUAAAGGUCAUAUAAAUAAAGCUGAAAAUCAAGAAAAAGUUAGACCUUUACUUCAAUUAACAUUUUACAUAUUAGAUAAAUUGCGUCGAUUUAAACUUUCAAAAGAGGGUAAAAGUAAGACUGAUAAAAAUCGACUAAAAGUAGAAGAAGCUUUUUUAAAAACUACACAUGCUGCACGUGCAGAAGCAGCUGCUGCACGACGUGAGGAACGUCGACGAGCAGAAAAAAAGCGUAUCCUUCAAGAGGAUGAUCCAGGUAAGCACAGAAAAUGGGAAGAAAAGGAGCAACGUAGACUUGCUAAGAAAAGAGCACCAAGAAUGAAACAACUUAAAGUUAAUGCAUUAUGACCUUUAAAAAGCACUUAAAGAAAUACAUUUUAUACUUAUAGUUUUUGUUGGUAUGAUAAUAAUUAUAAUAUAUUGUGACAUUAGUAUAUUGAAACUGUUUAUUUACUAAAUUUUCAUUUAAUUUACUACUGCACUCGUUAAAUAACAUAAUCU